CUUUUUUUUUUCCAGUCCUUGAAUGUUAUAAAGCUAAGAGAGCAAGGAGUGGGUUUCACAUGAGACCAUGGCCUUUAGCAUCAUACUUCUACUGCUCUUUGCUGUCCAGGGAGCUGAAGGCUCUCAGAUUGUAGGUGGCAGAGAUGCCGUCCCUCACUCAAGGCCAUACAUGGUCUCACUGCAAAUCCAAGGUCGACAUAUCUGCGGAGGAGUGCUCAUAAGAGAGGACUUUGUGCUCACGGCAGCACAUUGCGACUUAUCCAAACCGUUCACAGUUGUGCUUGGAGCAGAUAAACUGGAGGCCAAUGAGCCAGCAACGCAGCGUUUUCGUGUUCUCAGAUCUUUUUCCCAUCCUGACUACACUGAUCUUGCAAAUGAUAUUAUGCUGUUAAAGCUUAGCAGCAGGGCAAAUCUUACUAAAGAAGUGCAGCUGAUCUCUCUGAAGUCCGGCCACCUGAGAAUGGGAAAUAGCUGCAUCACAGCGGGCUGGGGAGACAUAGGGGACAACAGAACGAUGGCUAACAGGCUUCAGGAGGUCAAUGUCACAAUUCUUUCACCACGCACAUGUCAGAAAAAAUGGAGAGAUGUUUCCAUAGCCAAAUCGAUGGUUUGUGCCAUUGGGGCAAGGAGAUUACAGGGCUUCUGCUCGGGGGAUUCAGGAGGUCCGUUGGUGUGUGACGGAGCUUCAGCAGGUGUCGUCUCCUUCUCUGGACGUCGAUGUGGAGACCCAAGGACUCCUGAUGUCUAUACACGCGUUGCCUCCUUUAGGCAAUGGAUUGACAAAGUGUUGAAUGAAAAUUAGGCAAACUGUUUUACCUGAUACUUACAGCUGUUCAACAUUUCAACCAGAAUGACUCAGUGAAAAUUAAAAUGUUGUUCCACUGUUAAGUUUUUACCAACUUCUACCAACAAUAUUUCUGAAAAUGUUAAUUAAAUCACAAGGAGAAGAAUAUGAAUGAUUAAAAUGUUCAUACAAAACCGAAAUCAGUGCAAAAAUAAUUUAUUUUAAUUUAUUUCAAUAAAUGAGUGCAAAGCAUUAAAUAACUAUA